AUGCUGCUCUCCACGGUCUGCAUUCUGGCCCUCCUCGGCCCCCUCAUCUCAGCCCAAAACACGACCCUCAAAAAAACCCUAACGGGCCACAUCGACCCCUCCCAAGUCUUCACCUUCGUCUACGCUCCCUUCGAGGUCCCCCCCAGCGCAACCUCCAUCACCGUCCUCCAAACCUACUCCCAUAAAAACAAUGGCAACGCCCUCGACCUCGGCCUCUUCGACCAGCGUGGCCUCUCCCUCUCCGCAUCCCGCGGCUGGAGCGGCGGAUUCCGCAACAACUUUACCAUAACCCCCUCAUGGGCUACACCGGGAUACAACCCGGAUAUCGAGAUGGGGUUUGAUCCCGUCCAUGAGUAUUUCGCCAUCGACCCCGCGAGCGUGGAUCUCAAUUCGGUGUGUAAUGGUCUCUGCACGGAGGAUGAACAUGGCCGAGGCCACUGGCUCCGCGGGGAUUUCCACAUCCAUACGAUCUACUCGGACGGGCGAUACACUCCCGAAGAACAGAUUGCGAUUGCCGUGCGGCAGGGUCUAGACUUUAUUUUCUUCUCCGAUCACAAUACGGACUCGAGCAAUAAUGCCAUGGGGACUUUCCAGGCCCAAGCCCCGGACUUGCUCAUCGGCCGUGGAAUCGAGGUUACGACUCGCGCCGGACACUGGCAGGCACUGGGCCUCGACCCCGGCCAGCUCGUCGAAUGGCGGUACCAGGAUCCUGAGAACUACACCGCUGCAGCGAACGACGUCCACCGCCGCGGCGGCCUCGUCUCGAUCAACCACCCGUUCGCCGCGUGCUCGGCGUGCAACUGGGUCUUGGACACCUGGUCCGUCAACGACGCAAUCGAGGUCUGGAAUGCAGAGUGGGAUGGCACGGAUGCUGCCGCUGUAGCCAAGUGGCAGGAGCUCCUUGUUGAGGGCCGAUACACGACUGCGAUCGGCGGGAGCGACUCGCAUUCCCCGCCUGCGUUGAAUGGGGUCCCGACGACUGUUGUGCGGAGUCGCGGGAGGUCGCAGGCGGCGAUUGUUGAGGGGGUCAAGGCCGGGAGGGCGUAUAUUGUCAGGGGCCCUGGGAUGGAGAUUGAGUUUCGUGUUCGCCUUCCUUCGCAGACUGGGCUGCGGACUGUUGAGACUGGGGAUAAAGCCAAGGCUUCGGCUGUAGGUGCGACUGCGGUUGUCCAGGCGAAGGGGUUCGAGGGGCGAACGAAGAUUUGUUUUGUGACCGAGCGCGGGUACGUCUAUAAUGCGACGCUGAGAGGUGAUGGAGAUGGGGAGGUCAAAAGGCUUGUGCCUGGGGGUUUGCGGUUCCUGCGUGUGGAGUUUGGUUCCUGUAGGUCUAUUGCGGAAUAG